ACUGCGGCUAUGGAAACGAUCCUGCACGCCACUCGAGCCGCUAACUCUGGGAGCCAGGACGCUACGACUGCCCUGGCUCAGCUGACCGAGAGUGCGAUGAGUGGCGGAGGGAUCAACGGGAUGACUCUGGAUGCUCAAAACAGUCUACUGAUGGAUGUUCUGCAGCAGGUGAGUGGAGUAAUCUGGCACUGUCAUGAGGUACGGAAGCCGACAGUCUUCCCAGCUCUCAUCUGCAAGCCAAGGUCGAGGCACCGGCGAAGGAGAAGCCACUGACCCGCGUGAUAUUUGGUCCGCAUUGCCGACGGCUCGACCUGAUCCAGCCAGUCGAGUUUCUGCAGCGUAUAAUGCAGAUGCGUCAUCGUCCAAAAUCGACCUGUCACUUCCUGGUUUCAGGGAAGACUCCGGUAAACCUUUCUUGCCUCCAACGGUCCGACAUGCGGAAAAACAGCUCCGCAAUGCUGAACUAUUCAAUCGAGAUGCCUUGCCCGUCUGGGGAGACGAGCGUUUUCUCGCUGAGGGGAUCAAAUUUGCUUAUGGCAGUGAUCAUGCCAAGUUGAAACUGGAGAAUAUCGCCGCGAUUCAAGCGAGCACUUUGACGGGCGCUUUGCGACUUGCAGGGACUUUCUUGUCCCGGUUUUCUGGUCCUUCUAGUCGGUCAAUAUACCUUCCCAGUCCCACGACGGAAGAGGACACCUCUACAUUGCGCGAUGCCGGGCUAGAUAUACGACACUAUCGAUAUUUGGAUCGGAAGACUGGAGCUGUAGAUUUUGAUGGACUGCAGGCGGAUCUACAGGCUGCUCCUGCUCGCUCCGUGGUGAUGUUGUAUGUCAGUGGAAGCGUUCCGACCGGUGUCGACCUAUCGGAUGCGCAGUGGCGCAUGAUCACCACGAUCUUGCAGGAACGAUCACUCAUUCCUCUUGUCGUGCUCGCUUUCCAGGGUUUGGCGACCGGUGAUGCUGUCAAGGAUGCCCAGCCACUUAGACUCAUGGCUCAGGAGGGUCUUCCGGUUGUUUUGUGUCAAAGCUUUGAUGCUAUGAUGGGUCUCUACUCCGACUCCCCCUCUAUAUUGUCUGUCGUCUCUCAGUCUCCAGAAACCAAGUCCCGCGUCGAUUCUCAACUACGAGCAGUCGCUCGAGGGAUGCAUGUCCAUCCUUCGCCAUGGGGUGCUCAUAUUGCCCAUGUCAUCCUGUCUGACGCUAAAUUGCAUCCUGCAUGGCUCAACGAGAUCAAAGCCAUGUCGGGUCGAUUACGGAGUGUCCGUGACAAGUUGUAUGACCUCCUCGCGAACAAAUUCAAGACGCCUGGUAAUUGGAUACAUAUCAAGCGUUCUGUGGGUUUGUACUGCACAACCCUGCUGUCUCCGAUCAUCAACGAUAUCCUCGGUACCAAACGACAUAUAUACCUACUACCCCAUGGAUCCUUCUCGUUAGGCUCGCUCAAUUCUCUCAAAAUCGAACAACUCGCACGAUCUAUCGACUCUGCCGUCCUAGCCUCAAUCCACGAAGCCGAACAAGUCCAGGCUCAACAACUCGCAAUGGAACUCGCAUUGGCAGCUGCAAAGGAAGCUGCGGCUAGAGAAGAAGCAGAAGCUCUGGCAGCUGAUCAAGCGAGAGAGGAAGAUAGAAUGUUGAUGGAGAACAGUAUCGCAAGUGCGAUCGAAGCUCAGCGGAGAGCAGAAGAGGAAGAAAGGGACAGAGAGGAAGAAGAGAGAAGGAGGAUGGAAGAGGAUUUGGAGUUGGAUCAAGCGGUCAGAAAGGCUGCAGAGAGAGCUCAAAUUGCAAGGCAAGCGGAGGCCAUCUUGGCGAGCAUUGGGGCGGGCAUGGGGUAAGCGCUUUCCCCCCCCCGCAACGAGAGCCAUCGAAAUGCGGGCGACUCUUCCCGAAGGACGACAACGUUGCUCUCAGGAAGGGUUGCUCGCAGAUUAGAAUAUCAAACGUUUUUGGGAUCUGAUAGGAAUGCUUUUACCACCCAUCAAUCUGUACUCUUAUCAUGGCGCUGUUGUUGUACUUAUUUCUGAGUUUCAAUAUCAUGACCAAUGCAGUCUGC